AUGUUUGCUCGAAAUUCUUGUCGAGCUCUAGUUUAUCGAAAAUUACUGAAUGAGUUACUCAAACGGAAUCGUUAUUUGUCUACAAAUCAAAAUUUGGCAGUAGUUACUGCGUCAAAUAUUGUACCAUUUAAACUAGCCGAUAUUGGAGAAGGAAUAAAAGAAGUUGAAAUUAAAGAAUGGUAUGUGAAAGUUGGAGAUCAUGUGAAACAAUUUGAUAAAAUAUGUGAUGUUCAGAGUGAUAAAGCCAAUGUAACAAUUACAUGUCGGUAUGACGGUCAAGUAAUGAAACUUUAUCAUCAGAUUAAUGAAACGGCAAAUGUUGGUGAACCAUUGAUCGACAUACAACUCACUCAAGAUGGUACACAACAAUUACAUCAUACACCUAUUGUUCAAGAUGAUACUAGUGAAGAUCGUUCUUCCUCAACAUCAACGGGAUUCACUCCAACACCGCAAGUACUUGCUACACCAGCAGUUCGACGAUUAGCUAAGGAUUUACAGAUUUCGUUGAACGAUGUGCAAGGUACAGGAAAAGACUAUCGAAUUUUAAAAGAAGAUGUGCUGAAUUUUGAUAAAACAAAAGUAGGAUUACCGUCAACUGGAACAACUACCGCUCCGCCAACAACUACUAUUCAAACUCCGAUGCCUAUAAUUCCUCCAUCUCCUUCAACUGUUAAACAACCGAUUGUGCAACCGCCAACACGUACUGUUGUGAGUCCCACUGCUACAGUUCAAACUCAACCGGCGAAAGAAGAUCGUCAUGAAACAAUCAAAGGCAUCAAAAAAAUCAUGGUUAAAACAAUGACUCAAGCCAAUACUAUCCCACAUUUUACUUAUUGCGAUGAUUAUGAUAUGACCGAAUUAGUAAAAUUACGAAAAAAACUAAAAAAAUUAUAUCAACAAGAGAAGAAAACGUUAAAAUUAUCUUAUAUGCCAUUUAUUAUUAAAGCUUGUUCUCUCGCACUAAUGGAAUAUCCAAUAUUGAAUGCACACGUCGAUGCUAAAUGUGAGACAAUUACCUAUAAGGCAGCACAUAAUAUUGGAGUUGCAAUGGAUACACGUGAUGGUUUACUUGUUCCAAAUAUUAAAAAUGUGCAAUUAUUAUCGAUUCAGGAUAUUGCUUUGGAAUUAACUAGACUACAGCAGCAAGGAUAUCAAGGAAAAUUAACAAAUGAGGAUAUGCAAGGUGGAACAUUUUCGUUGUCAAAUAUUGGAGCUAUCGGCGGAACAUAUGCUGUACCAAUUUUAGUGAUACCCGAAGUAGCUAUUGGGGCACUAGGAAAAAUCAGCCUGAAACCGUGUGCACCCGAAAAUUUAGAUGACUCGUCUUCAUCUAGUGACGAUGAUGAAGAUUCUUACCCUGAUGUUGAAUUUCGUCACAUGAUGUCAAUAAGUUGGUCAGCUGAUCAUCGUGUCAUUGACGGUGCAACAAUGGCAAGAUUUUCGAAUAAGUUAAAAUCGUACUUAGAAAAUCCCAUGAUGAUGAUGAUUAACACUAAAUAA